AUGCCAGAUGGUGAGUGGAAGGAUGCCAGAGAUGCGAAAGGUAGGGUUUACUAUUAUAACGUAAAAACAGGAAAGUCUCAAUGGGAAAAACCGGAGGCGCUGUUCACCGUGCAGGAAUCACUAUUAUCCAAACACGGCUGGAAGGUUAGCAAAACACCUGAGGGCACAAUAUACUAUUACCACACUGAAAGUGGGAAGUCUCAGUGGGAUGUACCUCAAUUUGCAGAUGAGAAUCUCUCAAAAAGUGAAGCCAAGAAUAUAGAAGAUGUGCCCCAGACUGCCUACAUAGAAAAGUCAUCAGAGGCGGAGGUGAAGGUAGUCCCAUCCAUGGUGAAAGUUAAGAAUGAUCAGAGAGAUGUCAGUAAUCUCAUGAUAUUGAACCCCGAAAGAAAGUCGAAAGAAGAGGCCGAAAAAGAGUUCAUCGAAAUGCUGCAGCAAAAUCAAGUCGAUUCUACUUGGUCGUUCAGCAAAAUCAUCUCUGAAUUGGGUGCAACGGAUCCCAGAUAUUGGAUUGUCGAUGACGAUCCACUAUGGAAACAAGAUGUGUUUGAUAAAUAUUUGACGAAUAGAACAGAAGACCAGCUGCUGAAGGAGAGGACUGAAACGGAAAAAUUUAAGGAAGCCUUUGAACAAAUGCUUAGAGGCAAAAAUCAAAUAAAAUAUUACACGCGAUGGUCUACAGUUCGAAGGUGGAUCGCAAAUGAACCAAUUUAUAAGCAUUCGGUGGUUAAAGAAGCUGUUAAAAGGAAAACUUUUCAAGAUUACGUUAAGCGCUUGAAGGAAGAAAGGGAAGAGUCUAUAAAGAGUCUCAAGGAGCAAGCUAUCAAAGAGCUACACGAAUACCUUUCCAAUAUACUCUUGAAUCCGGAGAAUCGUACAAAAAAUAAAGAGGAUAUACCCAUAUUGACGUUGCAGCAAUUGUUGAACAGUUACCUUUUCGAAAAAAAUAAGAGAUUCAUGGCUAACAAACAUUUUAAGAUACUAACGCAUGCAGAUGUGUUAAAAGUUUAUUUAGAAAUAUUAGGGGAGGAAGAGAAAACACUGCAUGACAAAUGGAGAGCUUUAAGUGAGUGCUGCUAUACAAGAGACCGAAUCGCUCGUGAUAACUUCAAAGGUCUUUUGAGAGAGCCAAAACUACGUAUACGAGCCAAUUCCAAUUGGAAUGAUGUAUAUCCGCAUUUUAAGAAUGAUGAAAGAUUUCUUCAACUAUUAGGAACAGACGGAUCCAACGCGUUAGAUUUCUUUCUAGAUUACGUCGAGGAAUUGAAUAUAACAAUCGGUGCACACCGAUCAAUGGCACAGACACUUCUUAUAGAUAAAAAAUUUCAAUGGCAAGACGAUGAUACAAAAAAUAGGUCAGGCUUAAUCAAAGUGCUGGAGCAAAAUCCAAAUUUCGAGAAAGUUGAUAAAAUAGAUAUGGACCUAGUCAUUGAUCAAUUGCUCAAAGUGAGGAAAGAAAAGCUCAUACAAGAGGCUGAGGUUCAGCAGAGGAUUCUGGACCAGAAAAAGCAUUUGUUUAAGUUAAUGCUCCAUAGACUUUAUCGAAACCUUGCAAGCAAACCGACCUGGGAAGCUGCCUACCAUCAACUUGAACAAACGGUGGAAUUUAAGGAGCUUGCUAGCAGUGACGUUUCUCUCAAAGAUCUUUACGAGGAGUUCUUAGCUGAAUGCUCUUCUAUAGGGCCACAUGUCAAUACAACGAUACCAAAGGUUUCAAAGAAAAGACCAUUGACACCUUCUAUUGAAUUAGACUACUAA